GUGUGUGUGCGUGUGUGUGUGUGCGUGUGUGCGUGUGUGUGUGUGUGUGUGUGACCCCUGCUCCCACCUCAGCUGAAAGCACAGCGUUCCACUCAAUUAGUGGCAUGAAAUAUUAAUGCCUGUCUGGGGUUGUAUUUAUGUUUACACUGGGAUUAAAAGCCUCCGGUGUCGGCUAUCACAUUGAAGAUGUGUGUGUGUGUGUGUGUGUGUGUGUGUGUGUGUCUGCUGCCUUCAGUCCUAACACUGAGUUCGUCAAACAGACUAGUGACGUUUUGACAACACCUCCAGAUAUCCGACAUCAUCUUCAAGUGCAAACUGCGAUUACAAACUUCCUUUACUGUUAAUUCAAGCCUUCCUUUCGCUACAGUCCAAGUGUUUUGGUUUGCCAGAGAGAGAGAGAGAGAGAGAGAGAUGAUUUGGAAGACGCGGAUGAUGACGGAGCGAUUCCGCUGGUAAUCUGUUUUUUGAAUCCGUCUCGCUCUCCCCAAGUGUCCAGACGUCGCCAGGAGGAUCGGCAGGCCGCGCGCAGCUAAGAUGCAGUGUGGCUGUAACUCCCCCAUAGGACCCAUCAUCUCUCCAUGCUGGAACCGAGUGCUGUUCCCUGAUUGGGCGUACAAACCGGCCUGGUCGCCGGGCUCGCGGCAGGUGCAGCUGUGGCACUUCCUGCUGGAGCUGCUGGGUAGGCGGGGCGAGGGCGGAGCCAUCGGGUGGGGCGGCGAAUGGGGCGAAUUUGUCAUCCGAGACCCGGAGAGGCUCGCCAGGCUGUGGGGAGAGAGGAAGGGCAAGCCUCACAUGAACUACGACAAACUGAGCCGUGCACUGAGGUACUAUUACAACAAGAGGAUCCUGCACAAGACCAAAGGCAAGAGAUUCACCUACAAGUUCAACUUCAGCAAACUCAUUCUGGUCAACUACCCCAGCCUCAUGUCUUGCCAGCCGAUGCUCCAGGGCUCUCCUCCUCUUUCUCUCCCUCCUCCUCCUCCUCUCUCUCUCCCUUUCUUCUCCACUGAGGGAGGAGUCUCUAUGGAUAGAGCCUCAUCAUCUCCAUCACAUCCACUUCUGCUGCCCCACUGCUUCCCAAAGCCCCUCCCAUUCACCUCACAUUAUCCAAUCGGUGGACACUUCCCUUUCCUCUCUGCCCCGCCUCCCUCCUGCGCCAGCCUAUCAGAGCUGUCAGGUCUGCUGCCUGUCAACAGUGGCCUCAGCGGCUGGCCAAUCCCAGAGCUGCACACCCACAGAGCUUUCCUUCAGCAGGAGCGAGGGAGCGAGAAGAGAGGAGAAGUGGAAGGAGGGAGGAAGAGGAGAGGAGAGGAAGAGGGAGUGAGAGGAGGAGAGGAGAAGCUCCACAGGACAACUCUCCUCUGA